AUGGCAGGCCUAAUUCGUCUCCUCAAGAUGCAGUACACCCCUCCCGUCGAUCCCAAAAGUGUUUCCUUCGCUGGCAAGAUCGUCAUUUUGACAGGUGCUACCUCGGGUCUUGGAUUUGAAGCUGCUAUCAAAAUGCUCAAUCUUGGUGUCGAAUCUCUCAUCAUCGGAUCCCGAAGCCUGGAAAAAGGCAAACAGGCCAAAGCCGACCUCGAAAAGGCCACCAACCGCCGCAACGUGGUCAAAGUGUGGGAACUCGAGAUGAACAGCUUCCAGAGUGUCAAAGGCUUCGCUGACCGUGUCAAUCGUGAGCUUGACCGAGUCGACAUCGCUUUACUUAAUGCUGGUCUGUGGAAUCGAGAAUACAUCCAAUCCUCCGAGGGCUGGGAGGAGACUCUCCAAGUCAACACGCUAUCGACCUCGAUGCUGGCCUUGCUUCUACUUCCCAAGCUAAAGAAAAGCUCCUAUGUCGAUAACCCCGCCCAUCUGACCGUCGUUUCAAGUCAGCAAUUUGUUCGUGUCCAGGCCGAAAGCGUCCAGACCGAGGACUUGCUACUCGCUCACGUGAACGACCCGGCCAACUUCGAGGGUCCCAAACAGUACGGGAUUUCGAAGCUUCUGCUUGAAUUUAUGAUCAAGAGGAUCGCCAAUAUGGUGCGCGACGACGACGGCACGCAUACUCUCAUUGUUAAUACCGUCAGCCCCGGGCUGUGUGUCUCGGCUUUGGGUCGCCAGUACACUAAUUGGUGGGAGAAAUGUUUCGUUUGGUUCAUGUACAGACUUUUUGCACGGACUACCGAGCAGGGAAGCCGCUCGCUGGUUAGCGCUACUAUCCAGGGAGUUGAAUCGCAGGGAAAAUGCUGGCGGAGUGAGGGAUAUCUUGAUGAGUCAGCUGCACUGACUACUGGUACGGAGGGCGAAGAGCUUCAGGAAAAGGCUUGGAGUGAGAUUAUCAGCGUGCUGGAGGAGGAAGCGUCGGAGGUGUCUCUCAUCUCUCGUGGCCUGUACCAAGGCGUUUAG